UGAAAGUUCAGUGACUACAGAUGAAAAUUACUCCAGUUAGGGCUACUCAAUGUUGUAAUUGUAGCACAAUUCUCUCUUUUUAUUCAAUUAGGGCUAGAAUUGUAAUCAAUACUUCAACAUUGAUUUCUCAGCACAUAUUCUGAGUAAUUGGAGCAACUGUGAAACACAGAAAUGGCGUCGAACCAGCAAGUGAGGGCAUCGCACAUACUUAUAAAGCACCAGGGAUCCCGGCGCAAGGCCUCCUGGAAGGAUCCCGACGGUCGCAUCAUCUCCACCACCACGAAGGAAGUCGCCAUCACCCAACUAAAAGCCCUCCGCGACGACAUCCUCUCUGGAAAGGCCAGUUUCGAUGAAGUUGCAACUCGCUUAUCUGAUUGUAGCUCCGCCAAACGCGGCGGUGAUCUUGGUCCUUUUGGUCGCGGUCAAAUGCAGAAACCUUUUGAAGAUGCAACAUUUGCUUUGAAAAUUGGUGAAAUUAGUGACAUUGUGGAUACUGACAGCGGUGUUCACAUAAUAAUGAGAACAGCUUGAUGCUGACUCAUUAUAGAAUAAUGAAUUGAAGCAUAUCUUCUAACAGUCAAACUACAAUAAGCCAAAUUAAGAAUUUUUGUACUUCUAUGCUGUUCAAGAUUUAGUUAUCUGCCCAUCAUUUUCAUGUUACUGGGUGCAUCAUCAGGUUCAGCCUUUUGAGCGAGUAUUAUAAGAAAGAAAUUUCCCCUUAUGGAGAAAUAAUCUAUGGUCCGAAUCUGGACUUGGAAUUUUGUAUCACAA